AUGAUAAGGCUCUGGGAUCCCUCUACCCUGCGCAUCAAUACGGUUUGUGUAAUGCUAAUGUUGGCUGCAUCCUCGCUGAUUGGGGUAGAAAGCAGUUCAUGGAAUCAUCCAGAUUUGACAGAUGUACAUACAUCCUCUUGUCGUUACCAACAUCGUGAGAUAAUGGACUUGUCUAUACUUUACCGAGGUGGAUCAGAUCAGCCAAUGGACGAAUCACAGAUCCCCCGAAGAAAAAAGUUCUUUCGAAAAAAGAGAGGCAAAUUGAAUAUCAGGCUUGGGAGACCCGAAAGGAAUGAUCAAACUUAUUCUUAUGAUGAAACCAAAUCAUUCUCACUUCCAAUGUCAGGGGCUCAAAGCAAAGCACCCGCCACAAAUGCAACAUCCCAGUUUGGCGUCAAGGAGGAUGAUUCAAAUAAAGAUAGCCACACCGAGGUGGAACUCUCCAUGGAUGUCUUUGCGCUGCUACGACUUGCCCAGCAUCUUGGAGGAGCAAGUCAAGUUGCCUUUGCUGCAGUGUUCGCCACGCUAAAAAUGUUGGGACCAAUGGUGAUGGCACAAAAGUGUUUCGAAUGGCUGGGCGGCUGCAAAGGCUACGACCACCUCACUGAUCUAAAAGCAGUCGAGAAGCCCACUACGCGAAUGGAAAAGUAUGGCAUUUUGGAAGGCAUUCGGGCGAUCGGGAGAGUAGCUGUUCGGUUUUCUGGAAUGUAUCUAUUUGGAAUACUUUGCACGUUGGUUUUAUCUGCAUCAUCAUGUGCGAUGCCUGAACAGCUUUGCAAGUACUGGUAUGCCUUGGUAUGGACGCUAGGAGUGAAAUCUAUUGCGCAUGCCAAUGAACUGCUGUUCCUGAGGUACUUUGGUGGGCUCUUUGAAUUGCGGCCCGAACGCAACUACUUUCCGUUGCUACCGCCAGCUCGUCUUUUCAAGAUUCCGUCGCCCACGAUCCGAUGGGUGUACCUCUUUUUUGGCGUGGUAGACAAUGUACUCAAGGUGUAUUCGGAUGAGGACUCCACGUCGAGCCAAGUGAUUGGUCCAUUGUUUCCGUCGACUUGGCCAUAUUUGCAACUGUUUAACAUUUUCGCUAUGUUCCGCGUGAUGAAACAAAGUCUCCCUGAAAGUCCAAAGGCAGUACUGAUCGGAUUCUGCUUACAGAGUGCCGUAUAUGAGGAAUGGUUCCGGGUCUUUCUUGAGGAACGUCGCGUAGCAUUGGGCGCUAUCAUGAGUAUGACAUCCCUCCUGGUAACAACUUUUUUCAUAUAUUCGACUGCAGCCAUCGACAAACUAGCCACAGGCUUGUUGCUACCGUUUGGACUUGCCAGUGUGGUUGCCACAUGGAUGAGUUUUGUGUUGUGUGGUAGAGAGUUUUCACCCGUGGAACGCUCGCAGCGACCGCGAGCAUUCGGAUCAAGUAAUUUAAAAGCGACACCCAUGAUUGGAAUUUGA